AUGGCCUGGCCCUGCAUCACUCGAGUCUGCUGCCUGGCGCGCUUCUGGAACCAGCUGGACAAGUCGGAUCUGGCCGUGCCGCUCACCAUCCACAAUUACUCUGACAUAGAGGAGCCGGCAGAGGAGGGCGGGGGCGCCGCACAGCCGUCACGGAUCCCAACAGGUGGCGGCCGCGGCCGCCCCCAGGGCCAUCCCCGGACGGCCUCUGCCCUGCCUGUGUCGGCGUCCGCCCCCUCGCUGCAGGACAGCCUGGCGGGCGUCAAGAGGCCGUCGAAAAAGGGGAGAGGCGGCGACGGCCGCCGGAAGGAGUCCUUCUCCGCGGCAGAGACCCAGUACCAGCAGGAUUUCCGAGCGUGGCCGGUGCAGAAGCGGGACGCCCUGCCGUGGAUCGGCGAGUGCAGGAGGGGGGAACUCCUGGGGGCGCCCCCCGCUGCAGCCUCCUCCCACGCCACGAUCCGCGGAGGCUCCCACGUGCACGUGCGGCCGACAACUGAGCCAGAGGGAGGCAGAAAGUCCGGCGGCUUUAAGCAGGUGUGGUCCUCUGCCUCGCCGCCAGGCGUCCGCAAGACCACCUCUUACAGGCAAGAGUAUCGCCCAUGGACUGGAGCAAAACGAUCCAGAGCCUCAAAGAUGAAGCAAGGGUUCAUUAUCCCAGAGGAUCACUUUGUGAGAGAAACUAGCUACAAGGCAGACUUUAAGAUACCUGAAGUGAAGGCUAAGUUCUCUCCCAACCCUUCUGCAGUUUUCCAGGCUCCAUCUCGCAUCCUCAAUGUAUGAAUCUGGAUCACACAUAUUUCCUGUUCAGGCAGCUUGAAUGUUAAAAUUGUAAAAAUGUACAGCUAUGCAACUUUCAUGAGUGGGGUUGAGAUAAGAGAAAGUAUAAUUCGGAGCAGCGACAGUAAUUAUUAGCAUGUAUGCAUCUGUUAUGAACAUGUAAAUCAUAAAAGCACUUGAGUUGGAGACAGCAUAAUGUACUGUGGAGAAUGACCUAUUUUCAUAGAAAUAGGCUCAUUACUGGUUAGGCUGGCAUCAUGCUUAAGGUACUGAAUUUGGAUAGCAACAGCAACAUUUGAGGCAACGUGUAUCAGGUUCGUAGCAAAACCAAACCCCCAUAGAGCAGGAAGAGAUUCUAAAUGGCUUUUGAACUUUUACACCUGGGAAUCCAUCUCAGAAAUUCUCUCCUGUUGUUGCAGGAACUCUCAAGGUCAGUAGAAUGACCCUUUACCAGUUUGUCACAGAGAUUUGUUUGUUCUGAAUGGAUUUUGAGGACAUUUGGGAAAAGUAGAAGCAAAGCUCUGUCUUUCCAAGACUUCUUCAGGCUAGAUGCUUUCCAGGUUCCCUUUUUUUAUCCUGACAUAGCUCAUUCCAUAAAGUCUUUUGGUAGGGAUGUAACUCAUGUCAGAUUCUUUUUCAUAUUCCUGACAUCCCUAGCCUCUGUAGAGCUCUGCAUCGUUACCUGUGGGGUUGGCCAAAACCAAAUCCUUUGUGCUUUGAGACUAGGUAAAAAUUCCCUUUAUCUAAACAAUUAUUCCCACCCACCCUGCUGGCGCUGCUGAAACACUUCUGCCACACCAGAGUUCCUCCAACAGGAAGGAGCUAGUUGUCAGUUUGGAUGUGAAAAAUCUAGGCUUCAUCCAGAAUGAAUUAUGUUGAUCAUAAUGUUUUAGUAAAUUAAAGGACAU